AUCUGGUCAGGAUUUUCUGAUACAGCAGCGCCCUCAGCAGCUCGAGGUCAUACGCACAGGAAGCAGUUUGACGUAACCAUUCCCAAAGAUGGCGGCGUUAGCUGCGCCUCGCCUGGCCAUGUUUGGCUGCUUUUCAACAAGGCCUAUUUCAGUGUUUGCUAGUCAUCAGAGAAGUCUGCACAACAGUGCAAAAAGCGAGAAUACCACCACAAGUGUGGUUCCAGUCAGAGAGAAGAGCACGGCAGUAGCAGCAGCCAAACCAGCAGCUGUAGCCAGCAGCAAAGGGGAGUAUGUUAUCACUAAGCUGGACGACUUGGUUAACUGGGCACGCAGGAGCUCUCUGUGGCCUAUGACCUUUGGCCUGGCAUGCUGCGCAGUGGAGAUGAUGCACAUGGCGGCACCUCGUUACGACAUGGACCGUUUCGGAGUGGUGUUCAGAGCAAGUCCCCGACAGGCGGAUGUCAUGAUUGUGGCAGGAACGCUUACCAAUAAGAUGGCUCCGGCUCUGCGGAAGGUGUACGACCAGAUGCCUGAGCCCAGAUACGUCAUAUCCAUGGGAAGCUGUGCUAAUGGUGGCGGCUACUACCACUACUCCUAUGCUGUCGUCAGAGGUUGCGACCGAAUCGUCCCGGUAGACAUUUAUGUUCCAGGUUGUCCCCCCACUGCAGAGGCUCUCCUCUACGGGACUUUACAGCUGCAGAAGAAAAUCAAACGUGAGAAGAAAUUGAAGAUCUGGUAUCGGAAGUGAAUGUGUUAUAUGUGUGUUUGUAUCUGGUAUGUAAAUGUUGUAUUUCUGGUUUCAUUUGGAGCGCUGCUCCUCCUCAAUGUAGAGCUGCAGGAACCAACCUCAAUAAAAUCAUCAUUGUAAUUUA